UCCUGACAUUUAGUCCUAGUAAAAAAUUCCCUGUCUUGAGAUAGAAUCACCACUUAGGAUCACCACUUUAUUUUGGACAGGAUCCAGGCAUCCAAAUUAUUAGGAUGGAUCCCACCCUCCUUAUAGAGCAUCCUCUGCUUCCAAAAGGUGUCAAAGUUGCCUGCAAAAGUUACACACCGGGACGGGGAGGACAAAAUGGCGCCGUAAAGAAAACACUGCGUUUCAGAGAGCUCCCGUGGCAUUCGUUAAUUUGCUUUCUUUUUCGCUUGAAAAAGUGGUAGAACACCCUAACCUGAAAUAAGUUGCACUACAAUGAGUCUUGACGGCUAUGUCUCAAAAGUUUCCCGACAACAUGCCCAGCAGAACUACUAAGAACUCGACCAGAACCACCACCCCGUGUAGGAGGAGCUAACUAACGUUAGCGAAGCUAAUACCAUUGCAGAUCCAGGCACAAUGGACCUGGUGAUUCAAAAUAUGACUGAUAGCAUUACUAAAGUGAUCGAUAUCAAGAUAGGAACGGUCUUGGAAGCAAUAGCAGGCCAUUCAGCUGAACUACAGAAAGUUGUCAAGCGUGUUGAUGAGGCGGAAGAAUUGCUACUGUGGAAACUUUAACUACAUCAAUGGACAUUAAGAUUAAAGGCACUUGAGAAACAGGUGCGCAAAAUGGCCCGCGCACAUUGAUGACUUCUUCUCGGAUAACCGAGGACGCAGAUGCAUUAUCCGUGUGGCGGGACUCCCGGAAAAUACUGAAGGGACACGUUCAGUUAAAUUCUUUUCAGGAAUCAAUUCCUGGCUCCCGACAAAUGGAUACUAAGGCUGGACGUGUGAAGCUGAAUAGAACCCAUCGCUCUGAAACAUCGAUACCCCAACCAGUGGUCCCAACCAGCGCCCACAACCAGUGGUCCCAACCGGCGCAUCACGACCAGUGGUCCCAACCAGUGGUCCCAACCAGUGGUCCCAAUCAGCGCCCACAACCAGUGGUCCCAACCAGUGGUCCCAACCAGUGGUCCCAACCAGCACCCACAACCAGUGGUCCCAACCAGCGCCCACAACCAGUGGUCCCAAUCAGCGCCCACGACCAGUGGUCCCAACCAGUGGUCCCAAUCAGCGCCCACGACCAGUGGUCCCAACCAGUGGUCCCAACCAGCGCCCACAACCAGUGGUCCCAACCAGCGCCCACAACCAGUGGUCCCAACCAGCGCCCACAACCAGUGGUCCCAACCAGCGCCCACAACCAGUGGUCCCAACCAGUGGUCCCAACCAGCGCCCACAACCAGUGGUCCCAACCAGCGCCCACAACCAGUGGUCCCAACCAGUGGUCCCAACCAGCGCCCACAACCAGUGGUCCCAACCAGUGGUCCCAACCAGCGCCCACAACCAGUGGUCCCAAUCAGCGCCCACAACCAGUGGUCCCAACCAGCGCCCACAACCAGUGGUCCCAACCAGUGGUCCCAACCAGCGCCCACAACCAGUGGUCCCAACCAGUGGUCCCAACCAGUGGUCCCAAUCAGCGCCCACAACCAGUGGUCCCAACCAGCACCCACAACCAGUGGUCCCAACCAGUGGUCCCAACCAGUGGUCCCAACCAGCGCCCACAACCAGUCGUCCCAAUCAGUGGUCCCAACCAGUGGUCCCAACCAGCGCCCACAACCAGUGGUCCCAACCAGCGCCCACAACCAGUGGUCCCAAUCAGUGGUCCUAACCAGCGCCCACAACCAGUGGUCCCAACCAGCGCCCACAACCAGUGGUCCCAAUCAGUGGUCCCAACCAGCGCCCACAACCAGUGGUCCCAACCAGCGCCCACAACCAGUGGUCCCAAUCAGUGGUCCCAACCAGGCCCACAACCAGUGGUUAGAAAGUUCCACAACUUCACCGACAAGCAGCGCCUCACGGGCUCGGCCAGACGCAUCGGAUCGGACGAUAAUCAACGCCACGGUCCAAGGGUCUCAUUCUUCAAUGAUUACUCCCCAGCGGUUGUACGAAGAUGCAAGGUGUUUGAUGAGGUAAAAGGCUCAACUCCAAGGGAAUGAAAAUGGACUACUCACUGCUGUACCCAGGCCACAUUGAAGAUUAUGGUCAACGGAACGCCUAAGAAGCUUUACACACCCGAAGAGGCUGCUGCGUUUAUUGACUCUCUCAGGAGAGAGAACAGACUCUCAUUCUGAAAGCGGGACGAGUCCUUCAGAAGAACCUGACCCAGAGACAUCCAAACCAGCAAGAGCACACCACUGCUCCCAGUGUGGGAAGAGAUUUA